AUGAAGUCUUCUAAAUGUCCAUUUACUGUGACUGCGGCUUCUUGUUUAUUCCUAUGUAUUACUGUUUCUCUUUCAAUGUUAUGCAUUUCACUUUGGCUCACAAGUCAAGGACUUACAAAUUAUGUGGAGUCCAUGAAGUAUAACCUCCAGAAAGAAGGUCAAAUUGGCAAGCGUGGGUCUGCGCACACAACGGUGGGAACUUCAUUUCGCAGACGAAGCGAUCGAGACAAAACGGGCUCUGUUGACAGUCACUUAAUCGAUGAUGCAUUCUCCGACUCUUGGCUUGAAGUACGUAAACAUCGUACCCGUCUUCUAACACGAACAAAGUGUUUACAGAACUUGUUCCUCAUAAUAAUCGUCUCUAGCUCUCCUGAAGCACAUAAAAAUCGAAUGGUUAUUCGACAUACUUGGGGAACGGAUAACGCACUUCACCGGAAAUGGAAGACGGUGUUUCUUAUCGGCGAAGCCAGCAGUGUUGACAUUUCGUAUCGCAUCUCGCGCGAAGCGCAGAUAUUUGGCGACAUAAUUCAAGGUGACUACCCUGAAACGUUUACAAAUAAAGUGUUUAAGAUAGAGUCUGGAUUUGAAUGGGCAGCAAAGUACUGUAGCUUUAAAUACUUGCUUAAGACAGAUGAUGACGUGUUCGUCAAUACUCGCGGUCUCAUCGAAUUCCUCACCCAAACUGGCACGGCAAAUACAGACUUUUAUUUUGGACAUUUAAUGCAUGGAAACCCUGUUCUUCGUCAUGGUUUCUAUGGUAUUUCAGAAGAAGAUCAUCCUGAGAAUACUUAUAAAGACUACAUUUCUGGAGGCGGCUACGUGUUGUCAAGGGAUCUGGUCUUGAAAUUAAUUCCAAUGUUUGAUGUUGUGAAACCGCUUAAAGUUGAUGAUGCAUAUAUCGGAAUCCUAGCGGCCGAUUUGGGUGUUCAGCCAAUCUCUAGUACAACGUUUUUGAUGUAUAACGAUAAUAAAUCAUGCAAGGAUGACCCCAAUAUUUUGCUCAUUAGGCCAAUUGAUCACGAUUGCAUGGUCAAACUUUUCGACGAUACACAGAAGAAACUACUCUCUCAGAGUACUACAAAUUAG